AUGUCUCAAGCCGAUUUCACCUGUCACGUGGCCCAACAAGACGAACUCACCAAAAAAGAAGACAAUGAGCUUGCCCUUGAGCCAGUCGCGACUAAGAGCGAGGCAGCUGUAGGGGAGAUUGAGGAGACUAGAAAUGGUCAAUUUCAUCGCUCGUUUUCCCCUCGUCAGAUUCAUAUCAUCUCCUUGGGGUCCAAUAUAGGCAGCGGCGUCUUUAUUGCCACUGGAAAGGCCCUGGCCACCGGUGGACCAGGUAACAUGCUGAUAGCAUACACGAUGGUGUGCACUUGUGUUUGGGCUGUUCUACAAUCUUUAUCUGAGAUGACCAUUGCCUUCCCUGUCUCUGGUAAUUAUAUCGACUAUGCGGAUCGUUGGGUUGAUCCUGCUUUGGCUUUUGGUGCAGGAUUCGCCGAAUGGCUUGGGUGGACGGCAAUUGUCGCGGCUGAAGCUGGGUUUUUCAAUGUGUUGGUCCAAUACUGGGCCGAAGGAUCUAUUCCAUUACCCGCAACAAUAUCCAUAUUCCUCGUUGCUUGCCUUGUGAUAUUCAUACUUCCAAACAAAGUCUUUGCUUGGUUCGAAUACGUAACUUCCUUGAUCAAGAUUGUGAUUUUCCUGAUUAUCAUAGUGCUGUCGUUGGCACUUGUUCUGGGCGCUGGGCCCACGGGCUCUAUCCACCAUGGAGACACUUGGACAUCCCUUCCGCCAUUUCUGAACGGAUUUUCUGUAUGCAUUCUUGCCGCUCCCUUUGACCAAGACUUACACUUCCAGGGUUUUGCCAACUGUGCUUUACUCGCUGUAUGGGCUGUUGGUGACCAGGUUUUCAUCGGCAUCAUGGGUGGAGAAGCCGAAAGCCCACGAUUUUCGAUGGCCCAUGCGACAAAGCUCGUUCCCUUUCGAGUCAACUUCAUUUACAUUAUCAGUGUUGUCUUUAUCACUAUACUGGUUCCUUCAGACGAUAGCCGGUUACUAGGAGGCAGUGGAGUCGCCGCAUCCCCAUUCAUCAUAGCAGUUCAGGACUCUGGAAUUCCAGGGAUCCCUUCACUGCUAAAUGCAGGAAUGAUAUGCGGUGUUCUCGCGAUUGCCGCCGAAGCUGUUUAUCUUUCUUCGAGAAUUUUGAGAACCAUGGCACACCAAAAGCUUAUAUGGGAGGGUCUUGCUGCAGUGGACGAUAGGGGUCGGCCGAGGCUGGCUUUGAUCAUCACUUCCCUUGUCGCAGUGGUCUUGGGAUAUAUCCAAAUUGCUGCUGGUGGACUGACGGUUUUGAACUGGCUCAUAUCGAUCACGAGUGCUUCCUUUUUUACUAACUGGAUCAUCAUCUCGUUCGUCAACUGGCGAUUCCAUCGCACGUUGGAGGCGCAGAAAGAUCCACUUUUCACAGAGGUUUAUGCCUGGAAGUCUACAUUAUGGCCCCUUGCGCCGGCUUUGCUGAUGCUUAUUUCCAUCUUCUUGCUGGUCUGCUGCAUCUUCCUUGGAAUCAAACCACCAGGCGCCACCGGUUUCACUGCGACCAAUUUCUUCCAAUAUAUGCUCGGAAUUUUGAUCAUAUUCAGCUUUACGUUCGGAUACAAAGUCAUAUAUCGAACUCCAUGGCGCGACUCGAAAACCGCAGACUGCACAACUGGUCGACGUCCUUUGGCAGCAGAGGAGAUAGCUAUGCUUGACCACUACUACAGACAGCCUUCCUGGAGACGGUUCCUCACUUAUGUUCAAUUAUGGUAG